CCAAUGGGAGAGCGCGAUGCUCCCGCUAGAGCGCAGCAACGAAGUCCGCUCUACUUCUCCUGAGAGCCUUGGCAAACUGUGCUCUAGCGGAGAUAAAUGGGUGUUUGAAUGGUUUUGGAUGUACCCAGCGCUCCUUCAGCUGUCCGUAGAAGCGAGCGGAGUCCUCCGCCAGCACGGCUAUUGACUGCGGUAGGUGCGCAGCCAGCGAAGCCAUGCCAGUCCCCGCUGGAUACCUCAGCGCCUCCCUCGCGGCCUUCUCAUCCUCGGCCUCGCUUAUCCCACCGCCGCCGAUAAACACCCAGCAGCCGGGCGUCGUCACCUCGCUCCUGUACAGCGGCUCCAAAUUUAGAGGCCAUCAGAAAAGCAAAGGGAACUCUUAUGAUGUGGAGGUUGUUUUGCAGCACGUCACCAUGGAAGAUUCCUACUUGUGUGGCUACUUGAAGAUCAAGGGAUUGACAGAAGAGUAUCCAACUCUGACAACCUUUUUCGCUGGAGAGAUCAUCAGCAGGAAGCGGCCGUUUCUCACCAGGAAGUGGGACGCAGAUGAAGAUGUGGAUCGAAAACACUGGGGCAAGUUCCAGGCCUUUUACCAAUACGCAAAGACCUUCAACUCUGAUGAGUUCGACUAUGAAGACCUGAAGAACUCUGAUUAUAUCUUCAUGAGGUGGAAAGAGCAGUUUCUGGUUCCUGAUCACACCAUCAAGGACAUCAGUGGGGCUUCCUUCGCCGGCUUUUACUACAUCUGCUUCCAGAAGUCCACAGCCACAAUCGAGGGCUAUUACUACCACAGGAGCUCUGAAUGGUACCAGUCCCUGAACCUCACCCAUGUUCCUGAGCACAGUGCAGCGAUCUAUGAGUUCCGGUGACCACUGUCAGCUUCCAGGAUCUUUCUAUUGUUGGGAAAGCAGAAGGUCUGCGGAUGCUGCUGAGAAGUUAAAGGAUGCCAACCUGCAAUGACAGAAACGCUUGGAGACCUGCACACGCUCACAUUUUCCUAAAGGAGCACCAUGAAUGUAUGGAUGCAGGCGGAACAGGUGGAAUGUGCUUUUGUGCUUCCCGGCAGGAGUUUGAGAAGCUGGAACCAGCAGCUAGGACUGGGUGUGGUUCCUGUAGAGUUUCCCUUUCCUCCUUUGUUUUAACGUCUGGUUUUUAAAGCGCUUGGCUCAGUAUAGCGAGACUCUUUCUAAGCCUUGCUGGGAUUUCUCCUUUCCUGGUUUGCCACAAGGAACAGCUCAAGCUUUGGUGCAGAAAGAGCAGCUUGCACACAUUGAACUGCUGCUGGACAAGGAUUGUUCUACAGAGUCCGAUCCGAUUACUGGACAGAACCAGCAAGUCUGGGAAGAUGAAGAGCAAGAGAGAAGGUGACGGUCAGAAAGUCUAAAUGGUGACAGAGUAUUUUUAAGCUAAAGUUGUUUGUUGGUCUGCCAAGAGUAUAUUUUCUUAUUUUACUGAUUGAGCAGCGAGAGGCACUUU